AUGAUAAAUUUAAGAGUAUUGACUGCUGACAAUGACUUUGAAUUAUCACACUCCAAAUUUGCACAUAAAGCAACACCAGUAAAAAUAGUCAAAGAUCACAUUAAAUGUUUAAGAACUAAUAAGUGCAUACUUGAUACCUAUUUCAUGCAUAACCUUUCUGAAAAAGUUGCUAAUGAUUCCACUUUUUUUAGACUACAAUCAGCUGAAGGACAACUCUUUGGAAUUGACUUACUUGAUUAUAGAUUACACCUUGGUUUGGAUGGCCUAGCAUAUAGAUUUCCUGCACAGCUAAGUGACAUUAAUGUAUCAAAAAACGCACUGGAAGUUUUAAGCUAA